AGAAGUUUGGUUGGACAGUGCUUCUCUUGCUAUGUCAUGGAGCCUUUGGCUUUGUCGAGCUCCCAAGUUUCGUACUCCGGUACUUUUUCAUUCUUUUGAUCUUCCUUGUUCUUUGAGUUGGCUAGUUUCCAUCUAUAAAUAAUCGAGCUCCUAGGACAAGCCCCACAUGUCCCACUCUCUCAGCCACGAACACUUCACAAUUGCCGAUCGUUACCACACACUUAGCGAUCCAUUCUCUCGUAUUUGCAUUUCUCAAUCUCUCUCUUGAGAUUGAGAACUACCUAGCCAACCAAGAAGACGAAGAUGAAAGCGAAGGCGAAGAUUAGCAUGGCUACCGAGUUGUUGAGGAAGGCGCUACGAGCACUGAGGGGCAAGGCCAGCGUCCUGAGGGCGCGGAUCCUCUUCCUCGCCUCGCUCCGCCGCAGGACGGCCAUGGUCGGCGUGGCGUCGCGCCACCUCCGCGUCCUCAUGCGGGGCCGCCAGAGAGACGCAGUGGACGACCAUCGCAAGGCCCUCGCCCCGUCGACGGCUGCGGCGCUGGAGGACGAGCAGGUGCCGCCGCAUGGCGUCGACGCCGCCAGCCUCUCCGAGCUGUUCCAAGAAAUCGUCGGCGACAACGAUGACGGGGGUUACCCUGACUGGACGCACUCGUUGUUUGACGACGACGACCACCAGGACGGCGACGUCGAAGAUGAACAGGAGCGCGGUGGUGGCUGCGAGGCAGUGGACGUGGACGAGGAUCGGCUGGCCGACGACGAGCCGUCGGUGAUGGACGUCAUCAGGAGGCGCAGGGAAGGGGACGGGGUGGAGUUCAACGUCGAUGAGGAGAUCGACCAAGCCGCCGACAUGUUCAUACGGCGGGUCCGCAGCCGGAUGAACAACCGGAGCUUCUAGCCGCCCGGGGCCUCCAAUUGUCUCGUUUCUUCGUGUCUGAAUUUCAGUGUUUGUUUUCGUUAGGGCCGUGGCCGUGUUUU